AUUUGUUUUUGUUUCUUGAGACUAAUGACUUACCCUACGAAUUUAGAUUAUAUUAAUCCUUGGAAAUUAUGGGGUUUGGGUUCAAGAUUCUUUAAUUCCAAAAGAGAAAACACCUAUUAAAGUCAAAACCAGUGUGCCAGUUGAGAAGUGUGUGAUGGCAGUUUCUAAAUUAUCUGGUUCAUUAUUUAUUCGUCUAGCAGGAUUAUCUGGAACUGCUGCGGUAACCAUGGGGGCUUACGGAUCUCAUGGUUUUUAUCCACGAACCGACGUUCCAUCUGAAUUGAAAGACGUUUACCGAACAGCUAAUUAUUAUCAUUUCCUUCAUACAUUAGCUUUACUUGCAGUUCCGCUCACUAGGCGCCCACUUUUAGUUGGAACUUUACUUACGACUGGAAUGAGUAUAUUUUGUGGCACAUGUUAUGCUUAUGCACUUACUGGUAACAAGUCAAUUGUCAGGAUUACUCCAUAUGGUGGAACUUUACUCAUUAUUGCUUGGUUGUCAAUGAUAUUGUAGCUGCAUUUAUAAAUAUAUAUCAAAAAUGCCACUAACAUUUAAAAUAUUACAGGAUACUAUACUGCCAUGUUAAGCACAAAAGUCGUAUCUGUAGUUGGGCUCAGAAUGAGAAACACCUCUUUAAAGUUUUACGCCUCCAUGUAUUUGAUUCAGAUUUCUCUAUUUUAGAUCUAUAGUUUUAAAAAUAUUUCCUGUUCACAAAAGACCAUAAAACAUUGCAUAUGGGUAAAAUAUGUUACAAAGAGCCACCUCGUGACAAUAACUCAAUUUUGAUAAAAAGUGCAGAUACCUCUUUUGUGCUUAGCACAGCAGUAUACAGAAUGAUCUUCUUUUUACAAAAAAAAAAAAACAUGUUUCUCCUUUAUUGAGAACUUUAUUUUGAAAGCUAGUUUUUAGCAAAUGUUUUAGUCAUAAAUAACAGUUUUAUUUAAGCUUGUAUUAAAGUUUUUUCGAAUCAUAGCUCUGAGAAAUUGUUUUUGUUGCACAUAUUUUCACCACAGGUCUUAUUUCUUUUACUGAGGUUAAUUUACAUCAUAAAUGUUUUCCACUAUUUUUUUUUAAAAUGUAUUAUUGUUUGCUUUUUUUUUUUUUUUUUUUUUUUUGAGAUUCCAGCUAACUGAACAUAUGAACUUGAACACAUAACACACUUGGAAACAUAAUUAGUAAACACUAUUUGAAGUAAUUAAAGUCAAAAAAAAGGGGGGGGGGAGGUCGACUUAUUGAGUGCACUUGGAGUAAAACACUAUUUAAAUUUAUUGUGGAAAAGUAAAUUUUGGAAGUGCAAAAAAUGAUAAAAAUCCUUAACAAUUGGAUUAGCAAUGACAGGUUACUUUGUUGGUCAUUCAAAUUCUUACUGAUUUAUAUUCUUUUGAGAAUAUUUAGUAGUACUAAACUGUUGCUUGACUAAAGGUCAGAAAGUUUUCUCUCAAGAAAUUUUUUUACAAAUUGUACUUACAUAUUAAAGUAUUUAAAAAGAUAAAUUAUUCUUAUGAAUGCAUUAACUUUAAAAGAGAAAAAUUGAAAUAAAAUAUUUUAUUUAGCAUGUAAAGUUUUUUUUUAAAUCUAUUUUUUUUUUAAUUAUUAUUAUUGAAUUUUAUACCUAUUUAAAAUGAUUGGAAUAUUUUUUCAAAAAUUGUUUCUAUUUCUGCUAUUUUUACUGCAUUACAUAGCUGUUCAAAAUAGUUGAAAUAUUUUUCAAGCAAAUGUUGAUGAAAAUCACUUUUUUGUGUUUGGGUUAUGAAACAAUUUUGUUUCACACUUCCUGGAUCAUUCAUUUCUCAAGUAUUUAUGAAAGUUUUUGGUAAACUUGAUUGGCGUAAUAAUUUAAUGAAAAUUUAAAGAGUUUUAUACUUUCUGCAAUUUUUUAGUAUGUAUUGAAAUGUAUAUAAAUUAUUUUGAGCUUUUUUUCUUCCUUCUAAAACAAAUUUGAUUGUUCAUCAUGGAAUGAUGCUGCUGUUUUGCCACUGAAAUUAUUUUUAUAUCAUGUAAACUGAAAAAUAAAACCUGCA